GCAGAGGAGGCGAGCGAGGCAGCGGUCCGCAGCCCGCCCCUAGCACAUCCUCCGACGCGCAGACACUCGGCCAGGCGCUGGGCGAGGUGGAGGUGAGGGCGGGCGCCAGCGAACUCGGAGAGGGGCUCGCUCGCUCCCAGGCGAUCCCCGCCUCCGCCACCGCUCCAGCAGCAGCACCAGCCGCCGCCGCAGCUUCCUUCCUUAGACUCCCCUCGAGAGGCUGGCCAAGCGGGUGUAGCCGUUGGGGGUGUAGGAGAGCCCGGCGGGGACAAGAGCGAGGUGACCGCCUCCCACUCCGGCUGUCCAGCGCUCCCCGCCUCCGCCCGCGUGUGCGUCCCGGGUGCUGGGGACGUGUGUCAGUUUACGCCUCUGAGAUCGCACCGUUGCCUGGGGGCAGUGUGAUGCCCAAGGCAAGUCUUGCCAUUCAUUUCUAUUAUUAUUAUUAUUAUUGUUAUUAUUUUACGCUUGGCUUUCGGGAAAUACUCGUGAUGUUGUAGGAUAAAGGAAAUGACACUUUGAGGAACUGGAAAGAACAUAGAUGCGUUUUGCUUUUGAGAGGAAACGCGUCCGUCUCUCUUCGCUGAUUUUGGAAGCUACCCUCCUCCUGCCGAGGUGGGGAUUCCAGCAAGAAUCAAGGUGAAGACGGGCGGCCAGGACCCAGGAGAGAAACGCUGACCAUUAGAAAGAAACCUUGGCAGAAGACAUUGCAAGGAAGAAAAUAGGAGAGAGAAAAACACAAAGACUUAUAAUUACACAAGAAUCCUACAAACCCAACCCUGCAGAAACCCUGUCUUCUCCAAAAUGGAUAUGUUUCCUCUCACCUGGAUUUUCUUAGCUCUCUACUUUUCAGGACACGAAGUGAGAGGCCAACAAGACCCACCCUGUGGAGGUCGCCUGAAUUCCAAAGAUGCUGGCUACAUCACCUCCCCUGGCUACCCCCAGGACUAUCCCUCCCACCAGAACUGCGAGUGGGUUGUCUACGCCCCUGAACCCAACCAGAAGAUUGUCCUCAACUUCAACCCUCACUUCGAGAUUGAGAAGCAUGAUUGCAAGUAAGCACUGCCCUGCUGCACAUGGGGCUCACUCCACCUUGCCCAGCCACCACCCUGCACCCUGUCCCUGCUGUCAUCGGAGGA